AUCGGCUAACCAACCACCCUCACGAAAAAGAGUGCAAGUUGGAUAGGAAUCAAGGAUCAAAUUCAGCAAUAACUUCGGUUGCGAGUCAAACACCUCUAUGCGGCCGUCGGACUACGGUCGUCUCCGAUUUCAAGAUUCAACCUUGUUCGGAUUUUGCAAUCAGAAAUCUGCGAUCGGUCCACUUGUUGUUCUUGAAUUGGAGGAGCAGAGUGUAAUUCAUUUGGAUAUUCUGACGAUUAAUCCUAACUAUUCAUGAUAGCGUUUAACACCUACUGUGGAUAAAUUAUCAUUCCCAUUUCCCAGGCUUAUGAAUAUCUAUUUGUUCUCCUAUAUUUUCCAUGAAAAGAAGACCAGAAUUCCAACAAGCCAAUCAUAUCAUAUUGCAAUUGUGUCUAAUAACAAUCUGACACACAAACAAGACUAAUUUGGUGAAUCCUUGAGAAUUGUUGUAACCCUUUUCAGCGUUUCAGUUCUAGACUUGUUUUGGGUGCCAAGAAUUUGAAAACAAGACUACAUUAUGAUGAACGGGACUCAUAGUACGGGUGAAUGUUCUAGCUCUACUUCCCUAAGCAGCCAGCAGGAUGUUGAUGAUGACUGCAUGAUUGCCGUUGUACUAUCAGAAGAGUAUGCUAAGUUGGAUGGUGCAGUUGCUAGACGCCUUUCCAACCUGGCACCUAUUCCGCAUAUCCCACGGAUAAAUUCCUACAUCCCCAACAUAAGUGAUGCAAGUUUGGAUCAUCAACGGCUUCUCCAGAGGUUGCAUGUCUAUCGUUUAUAUGAAGUAAAGGUUUCUGGUGAUGGCAAUUGUCAGUUUCGCGCACUUUCAGACCAGAUUUACAAGUCUCCAGAUUAUCACAAGCAUGUGCGGAAAGAGAUUGUUAAACAGAUCAAAGACUAUCGUUCUCAAUAUGAAGGCUAUGUCCCUAUGAAGUACAAACACUAUUACAAGAAAAUGGCAAAAUCCGGUGAAUGGGGUGAUCAUGUUACCUUACAAGCAGCAGCUGAUAAGUUUGAAGCGAAGAUUUGUCUUUUGACAUCAUUCAGAGAUACUUGCUUUAUUGAAAUUAUGCCUCAAUUCCAGCCACCAAAACGUGGUAAGUUCAAAAGUUGUGGCUGAGUUUCUGGUCUGAGGUUCAUUACAAUUCAUUAUAUGAAAUCCAAGAUGCUCCAAUUGAACAAAAACCGAGGAGGAAACACUGGUUGUUCUAGACUUCUAGUGGAAUCUGACUCCUGAAGUUGGUAUGCCACUCACUCAGGAAUGUUCCAAGGUUUUAGUGCUGUGCAUUUGUUCCCUAGAUGAUGAAUACUGAUACGAUAUUUGGAUUUCACAAUAUACUCAGUAAAAAAAAAAAACGUAAAAUAUAUACACUAUUACAUGUUGGCCCCUACUGUUGUAAAUGGUCCGUAGUGUUGGUUUAGAUGUAUUUUUUUAAUUCUUCUCAUUUUUGCAAGAAUAAAGACGAGCUAUUAAAAGUGAUUUUUGUUAUUUUUUUUUUAAUUAUCAUUGUGAACUUA